AUGGAGCUACGGUCCAUGCUCGAUGACGCCUCGCUGCGUGGGACAGUCGUCACUAUGGCUGCGCCCGAAGCCAACAAGCCACGCAAGACCUCCUCAUGGCUCCGUCCACCCGCAGGCGCCUCCCGCCCGUCGUCUGCGCCGGCUGCCCGCGGUGGGAGCAAGUGGCUCCGUCCCCGCGGCUCAGCCUCGUCUGCUGCAUCCUCCCGCCGCUCCUCGACCGCAUCUUCACGCCGCUCGUCUGUUCUUGACGAGGCAGAGACUCUUGAUGACUUUCUGGCAGACGACGACGAUGCCACCGCUGCCGCCGGCACGGCCGCUGCCGCCGAUGCUGACGCUCCGCGCUCUGGCAAGUGGUGGCUAAAGGACAGCGGACGCAGUUCCGGCAACGCGUCGGCCCGAUCGGCUGCCUCGGCGACCUCUUCUGCCACUUCCAGACCGGCUUAUGCCUGGGAGCGCCAUGCCGGUCCGUCAGCGCCGAGCUCGGCCCGCUCGGCCGGUGCAUCCAAGUGGCUCAAGCCGGCAGCCGCGCCAGCAGCUGACCCGUCGGUCGCGUCGGCUUCGGCCUCGACUUCGGCCUCGGCAUCGUCUGUCGAGAUUGUGGCCUCAGCGGACUCCUCACCGCCUCCAUCGGUAGACUCGAGCUCGCGGGCAGCGUCGAGCGGUAGCGGCAGCGCGAGCACCUUGCCACCAACCGACGACGGCGCCGGCUCGAGCGCAGCGUCGCCGCCACCCACUCCGAAUGCAAGCUCGGACGCCGGCGAGUCGGCCUCGUCGUCGUUCACCUCAUCGUCACCGGCGCCGGCGAUUGUCCUCGACAUCAACGAGCUCGAUGACGCCUCGCCCCGGCCUGCUUGGGGCGGCAACGUGGUCCUCGACAUCUCAAAUCUGGAGUCGGACGGCGAGCUUGUGGAUGAAGUUGCGUCCGAGCUGUCGUCUGUGGCGGCGUCGGAGGUUGCGUCUGCGACGUCGAUGACGUCCGAGGCGCUUGCACCUGCACCGCCUGCCGUGCAGCGCUCCGCUCCAACUUCUGCUGCCGAUGCGCACGCCCAGACUGAGCUGGCGGCGUAUCUCCGGCCGAUUCGACAGGGCCCGCGGGUCUCGACGGCUGCCAUCCUCGCCGCGGCGUCAACCCAUGUAUGCUCCGGCCACGAGUCGUGCGGCUGCCUGCCCACCAAGCCUUCGACCCGCGACGCCGCCAUGUCUGCCGCCUCCGAAGCGCUGGUCAACGAGCCGCCGCUGGUAUCGCGCGGCGUCCUCCCACCGAGCGCCCUCUCGGGCGUCGUCGGCUACUUGCCCAACGUCGCAGCCUCUGAGGCUCUCUUUAAGCGUCAGCUCCACGUCAUCCGCAACAACAUCGAGACCGCCCGCUACCUCGCCGAGCGCGAGACGGGGCCGCGCCCCGCCUCCAACUUUGCCUACACUACCCUUGCCGAGACCAAGAUGUACAUGGCUCGUAAGAGAGCCGAGCGCCAAGCCGUGCGCGAUGCCAAGGCCAAGGCCAAAGCCAAAGCCAAGGCCAAGGCCAAGGCCAAGGCCAAGGCCAAGGCCAAGGCCAAAGCCAAAGCCAAGCGCAAGCGAACCAUCGGCCAUGAUCCGUCGUCGCCGUCCAAAGCGCGACGGUCCAAGCGGCGAAAGCCAUAA